UUCAUGAUUCCCUUUGUCUACCAUUGAAACUAUGCUGCAUCACAUCCAUCCUCUGUAUAUAUAGGUCUCAAGACAAGACUAUACACAUCAAGACAACACUUGCUCUUUCCUCCUAAAGUCCUCACUCCUUCCAACUCAAUACAGAGAUUAGUUUCCGAAGCAGAUAUGGCUUUUGCUCUAAGAUCAAUAAGCUUGCCUUCAAGGCAUCACACCACUGAGGCGGAAGUACAAGAAGAUCUGCACAGCCUAGAGACAAGUGUCUCUUCAUCCGUCACCAUCGAGACGAUGUGCGAUGGCCUGCGGAGGCUUGGAGACAUCUACGGUGCUGUUGAGGAGAUCAUCCAGUUGCCAAGCAACCAAGUCUGUUCCUCCCAGAGGAAGAUAUUGGAUGGAGAGACGGAAUAUUCUCUCGAGCUUCUGGAUCUCUGCAACAACAUGCAAGAGAUCUUCGUUGAGCUCAAGGCCAUUAUCCAAGAGCUGCAAGUGGCUCUAAGAAAAGGAGAUGAUGCAACCAUCCAAGCCAAGAUCCAGUCUUACAUCAGACUGGUGAAGAAGGCUGGUAAACAAUUCAAGAAGACUACCAGGAAGGCGACUUCGGACAAGAUGGAUAGCGGAAUGGUCAGUCUAUUCAUCAACGCAAGGGAGAUGACUAUCUCUCUACUUGAGUCCGUGGUGCACCUUUUGUCGAAGCAAAUCGAAGUGCCUAAACAGUCCCUAGUUUCCAAGGCAUUUCACAAGAAAAAAGCUGUUGUUUGUGAGGAGCAAUUGCAGGACUUAGAGUGCAGUAUCAGGGAUCUUGAGAGUGGAGCAGGGCACCUGUUCCGGAAAUUAAUCCAGAGCAGAGUUUCCCUCCUAAACAUACUUAGCUCAUAGAUCUCCAGGAGCCUUGUCACUCAUAUCAUGUUAUUGGCAUCCAAUUUUUUGAGGACUAGCCAAUCUCACAUUUUCCCCAGAUGUAUAUACAAUACAGAUGUACAAAAAAUUACAGAA